ACCAAAUGAAGAGUUAAAAGAGUUAAUAGUAGCAAUAAUAAAAAUGAAAUAAAAAGAAAAUGGGAUGAAAGUCACUCAUAGAAAUUUGUAGAGGCAGUUCUGAGUCUGACUAGAGAGAGAAAUAGCGUAGAGUGUCUUAACAAGCUUCUCGUGAGUCACCAUUUCUUCUUCUCUGUCUGUCACUACAACAUUCUCCUCCUUCCAUUUCUCACCUUUCUUUCUCUUCAAUUCAAUUAUGGAUUCAGCAAUAGCUUCAACUUAUGCAUCACCCCUCAGUACCAAUCUAAGCAAAAUUAGUAUUGAAGGAGUUGGAAGAAGAACCAGAAACAGUGUGUUCUUAGGUGAAACUACUAAGGGAAGUUUAAGCACAACAAGAUUCCUUACCAUUCAAUCACCCAAAUCAUUCAAUCCUAAAAAUGGAGCUGAACACAACGUUCUCACUUCAGGGAUCAAUGAUCAUCAAGACUCCACGACAUUUCAAGAGGGACCCUAUUUUGAGACUCCAAAAGCAGACCCAAAAAGUGUAGCUUCAAUCAUUUUGGGUGGUGGUGCUGGAACUCGCCUUUUUCCUCUUACUAGCAAAAGAGCCAAACCUGCGGUUCCAAUUGGAGGGUGUUACAGACUCAUAGAUAUCCCUAUGAGCAACUGCAUCAACAGUGGCAUUAGAAAAAUAUUCAUUUUAACACAGUACAAUUCUUUCUCUCUCAACCGUCACUUGUCUCGUGCCUACAAUUUCGGGAAUGUCUCCACUUUUGGGGAGGGUUUUGUGGAGGUAUUGGCUGCAACUCAAACAUCUGGAGAAGCUGGGAAGAAAUGGUUCCAAGGAACAGCUGAUGCUGUGAGGCAAUUUAUAUGGGUUUUUGAGGAUGCUAAGAACAAGAAUGUUGAGCAUAUAUUGAUACUUUCUGGUGAUCAUCUUUACCGAAUGAACUAUAUGGAUUUUGUGCAGAAACAUAUUGACACUAAUGCCGAUAUCACAGUUUCGUGUCUUCCCAUGGACGACAGUCGAGCAUCAGAUUAUGGGUUGAUGAAAAUUGACGAAACGGGCCGCAUUAUACAGUUUGCAGAAAAGCCCAAGGGAUCAGAUUUGAAAGCAAUGCGUGUUGAUACCACAGUUCUUGGGUUAUCUCCAGAAGAAGCAAAGAAAAAUCCAUAUAUUGCGUCCAUGGGUGUUUACGUGUUUCGAACUGAGACCCUACUGGAACUAUUAAAAUUGAACGGUUCUACAUGCAAUGACUUUGGAUCUGAAAUCAUUCCAUCUGCUGUUAGUGGGCACAAUGUCCAGGCAUUUUUGUUCAAUGACUACUGGGAAGAUAUUGGAACCAUAGAGUCCUUCUUCGAUGCAAAUUUGGCCUUAACAGAACAUGCUCCAAAAUUUCAAUUCUAUGAUCCAAAGACACCUUUCUUCACUUCCCCGAGAUUCCUACCACCUACUAAAGUAGAAAAAUGCAAGAUUGUGGAUGCAAUUAUUUCUCACGGUUGCUUCUUGAGGGAGUGUAGUGUUCAACAUUCUAUUGUUGGAAUACGAUCACGUUUAGAGUCUGGUGUGGAGCUUCAGGAUACCAUGAUGAUGGGUGCUGAUUACUAUCAAACUGAGUCUGAAAUUGCAUCUCUGCUGGCAGAAGGAAAGGUGCCUGUUGGUGUUGGAGAAAAUACCAAAAUCAGGAAUUGUAUAAUUGACAAGAAUGCAAAAAUUGGAAGAAAUGCAAUCAUUACAAAUGCAGAUGGUGUUGAAGAAGCCGACAGAACUAAGGAAGGAUUUUACAUUAGGUCAGGCAUCACCGUUAUACUGAAGAAUGCAACAAUUCAAGAUGGAACAGUUAUAUGAAGCACUUCAAAUUAUCUGGUUGACCUCUAUAGAGUUUAGACAUAAAUCUUGAGUCCAAUAUAGUUAACUUGCAGAUUACGUAAGUAGUUGAAAUACCUCGAGUUAUCUAAUUUAAGAAAAUAAAUGUUCACAAACGUGCGUAGUAGACUACGCAACCCGUGUGAAAUCACAUGUAUCUUGCUAGUUUUCCAAAUAAAAUUUUAUCAUCAGUUUCUGAAUAUAAA